AUGUUCCAGUCUUCGUUUAAAACACUAUCUGCCAAGGCAGCAGCUCUGCUUGACCAAGAGUUGAUGUCCAGUGGCUCGUUUUCCAUUGAUCAAUUGAUGGAGUUGGCAGGAUUGGCGGUUGCCAAAGCUGUCUAUCACGAAUAUCCCUCGACCGGUAGAAAUAAAGUAUUGGUAUUGGUGGGACCGGGGAAUAACGGUGGAGAUGGGUUAGUUGCUGCUAGACACUUGAAGCUUUGGGGGAAGCAUGAGCCAAUUAUAUACUAUCCUAAGAAAUCGACCAAGAAUCAAUUGUAUGCUAAUUUAUUGAAUCAAUUGAAGGAUUUGGAGAUUGCGGAGAUUGAGUCAAAUGAAGAAGUGAUUGAGAUGUUGAAGGACCAAAACGGAGUGAAGGUGAUUAUUGACUCACUUUUCGGGUUUUCGUUUAAACCACCUAUUCGUGAUCCUUUCAAAGACUUGAUUAAAUACUUAUCGGAUAAUUAUGGGAAAAUUGCUCCCAUUGUGUCGGUUGAUAUUCCUUCCGGGUGGGAUGUUGAUCAAGGACCAGUGGAUAUCGAUAUCAAUGCCACUACAUUGAUUAGUUUAACUGCACCAAAGCCCUGUGCCAAUCAUUUUGCUAAACCAGGUAAAACACAUUAUUUGGGAGGUAGAUUUAUUAAUGGGAAAAUUGCUCAAAAAUAUGACCUUCAAGAUUUAUUAAGCUUGUAUAAAAACGAUGAUUUAAUCGUUAAAUUAUAA